AUGACUGUAAGUGGUUCUUCUUUGACGUCGUCGUCGUCUUUAUUAUUACGCGUUCGAACUUCGGAACGACUGCGAGGAGGAGGAGGUUUUCUUCGAAGGAGGAGUCAACUUUUACAACAACAACAACAACAACCUCAUCGAGUUCAUCUGCGACGAAAGAAAACUUUUGCUUCUGAUAACAAUAACGACAACAACAACUCCGACGAGGCGACGACGACGACAAAAACACAAAACGAAUACUUCAAUUGCACGAUACUCUCAAACGAACCGAUAUCUCCGGACGAAAGUUUUCGGCUACUGACGGUGGAAAUCGACGACGACGUGGCGACGAUGAGCAGAAUGUCGAAACAGUUAAAAAUGAACAAAGAAAAGGCAAACGGGAAGACGACGACGGGGAGGACGCACGCGCACACGACGCGAGAUUCCACAAUUGACGGUGGAUACGUGAAAAAUGAAGCAGAUUUUGAGAGCGAGUGGUUGUUGCGGUAUAAGUUUCCAGGACAAAGCGCACAAUUUAAGCUGUUUAAAGAAGAAGAUUGGUUGAGGGAGGACGUCGUGGACGAGAGUCUCGGCCGAUUAACGCACAAACUGCCCAUCGCGCAAUCGCCGACGAAUUUACACAUGGCGAGAAAGCAAUCGCCCGGCGCGUCGACGUAUACGAAAGCAGAAUUCAUCGUCGAUGGUAAAAAAGAGGAGGAGGCACACUUAGCGAAAUUAGAGCCGCAGGCGAAGAUGAAAAUUUCCAAUCCGCGAGGCUUUGGAUUUUCCAACCCGCUGUUUUCAAACGAAAAGACGUUGGAUAACGCGAUGAUGUCCGAUACAAUCAAAGUUCCCAUCGUGAUUGUCGCGAAAGAAUCCGAAGGUUUCGCGUGCGCGAAAUCUCUACUCUCGUCGCCGGCGUUACUCGCGCACGCUUCCAUAGCUCCCGUGACUGUUUUCUUUCUCGCGGAAUCUACCAGUCGCUUACCAAUCACGGUGGACGAAAUCGAACGAUGGAAGCGAGGGGGCGUCAAAAUCAUAACCUCGGUAAACGAAGACCCCGACGGUAUCGUCGAUUACCACUCCCUGACGAUUCGUUCCGCGCUUUCUUCUUCUUCCACCGGGGAGGAGGACUUUGAGAAUUCCGGCGGCGCGUUUCCUAGAGCCAAUAUCGUCGGCGAAACGCGUUUGCAACAUAACAAGUGCGUCGUGUGUUUAGCCGGAGUCAAAGGGAAGAAAGCGGUGGAGUGGACGACCUUGUUUGAGAACGCCGGGGUGAGAAGAGUGAACUUCUUCUCCGCCGCUUAA